CUGCUCACGGUUCGCUGUCACAGACAACUGUCAUACGUCAAUCCCCUCUAUUUUCCUACAUAGAACGUAUUGAACGGGCCUGUCGAUUAUUAACCCACUGACUUCCCCUUACACUGCCUCCCAACCCCAAUUGUACUUAACUCUUCAAGUUGACCCAUCUUUGAGCCAGCACCGCGUAUUCCUUCCCCUGUUCUCAGGUCUUCCUGCCCGUCUCCCACUGGUUUUACAGAUCUUAAGCUUAACCAAGGAGAAAGGCGAAGUGAGGACGACGAAGUGAGGGAGAAGAGAUCGGCCGCAAGAAAUGGGGUUUUUGUCACCACAGUUGACCAGAUCUGCUUCCAAGCCGACUGCAUGCAUUGCGCUGCUUCUGUUUUUGCUUUCCUGCUCGUGCUUUACUUCAACAGAAGCCUAUGAUGCACUUGAUCCAAAUGGAAACAUCACAAUCAAAUGGGACAUUAUGAGCUGGACUCCUGAUGGCUAUCUUGCUGUUGUUACAAUGUACAACUUCCAGCAGUAUCGUCACAUUCAGUCGCCGGGGUGGUCACUUCAAUGGACUUGGGCAAAGAAGGAAGUGAUAUGGAAUAUGGUGGGAGGCCAAACCACAGAGCAGGGGGACUGUUCAAGAUUCAAAUCAAGCAUCCCCCAUUGCUGUAAGAAGAAUCCAACAGUUGUGGACUUAUUGCCUGGAACACCUUACAAUCAGCAGAUUGCUAAUUGCUGCAAAGGAGGUGUGAUCAGCUCAUGGGUGCAAGAUCCACCCAAUGCAAUUAGUGCAUUUCAGAUUAGUGUCGGUUCAGCUGGAACCACCAAUAAAACUGUUAAAUUGCCCAAGAACUUUACACUGAGUGCACCUGGGCCCGGUUAUACUUGUGGACCUGCAAAGAUUGUUCGACCCAGUAAAUUUGUCUCUCAAGAUGGCAGGAGAGUCACCCAAGCCCUGAUGACUUGGAAUGUUACGUGCACGUACUCGCAGUUCCUGUCUCAGAAAACUCCCACAUGUUGUGUCUCACUCUCAUCUUUCUACAAUGAUACAAUUGUACCAUGCCCGACAUGCACAUGCGGCUGCCAGAACAAUAUUACUCAACCAGGGAGCUGCGUAGAGGCUGGCUCGCCAUAUCUAGCUUCAGUUGUGUCCUCUGGCAAGAAUAGUUAUACACCCUUGGUCCAAUGUACAAACCAUAUGUGUCCUAUUCGAGUUCACUGGCAUGUUAAGCUUAACUACAAGGAGUAUUGGCGGGUGAAGGUCACAAUUACGAAUUUCAAUUACAGGAUGAACUAUUCGCAAUGGAAUUUGGUCGUACAGCACCCAAACUUUGACAAUCUGACUGAGAUUUUUAGUUUUAACUACAAGCCAUUAACUCCUUAUGGCACUAUAAAUGACACUGCCAUGCUUUGGGGUGUUAAGUUCUACAAUGAUUUGCUCAUGCAAGCUGGUACUCUCGGUAAUGUGCAGUCAGAGCUGCUUUUCCGAAAGGACAACACUUUCACUUUUGACAAGGGUUGGGGUUUCCCGCGUAGGAUAUAUUUUAAUGGUGAUAAUUGUGUCAUGCCACCUCCUGAUGCCUAUCCAUGGUUGCCAAAUGCAAGUUUCCGACUAGAUAUCUCCUGGAUUACUCGAAUCAUAACAUUCUUGUCGUCGUUUGCACUCUUAUAUUCAUAUGCUUAGAACACUAUUUUGUGGAAGGCCCGAUAUCAAAGUUACAAACUCAAGCAGUUUCAUCCCAACACUUGCAGCAAGCAAAUUGAAUGAUUCAAGUAUGAAAGCAGGACGACUUUGAGCAAGUCUAGUCAAUUCAGGAGCACUAUUUGUUAUUCAGCUACUAUUUUAUUUUAUGGGGUGGGUGAUUUCUGAGUCAUUUUUGUUAUAUUUAUGUAGUAUUGUUAACUUAUGUACUAUAAUCAUUUUAUUUAUCUACUUAAUUUCCACA